AUGGAUCUAAAGAUUCUUGAUAAUAAGUUUCUUGACUUAUUACAUCAAGCUCAUAUUUUAGUAGGAAAUACACAAGAAGAGAGUAAAGCAUGUUCAAUUCAUGAGAGGCUAAGAAUUAGAUUAGAUAAUUUCGAAUCUUUUAUACAUGAUUCGCCGAAAAACGAACUUGAUUUAGCUGAAAUUUCAGCAGCAAAGCAAUUAGAACGAAAGCUUCAAAUCAGAAAUUCUAUUCUUGACGAAGAUAUUGUGCGAGAACUCUUCGUGGCAAAAUGUCUGGAAACUUUGGAACUGUUACAAUGUACCCUUACAAAUAUUAAUGAUCUUAAAGAAAAAGAACCCGAAUUCUUAGGUGUUAGAGAUCUAAGGCUUAUUCAUACAAUGUUAGAGAUAGUUAUAACUUGGGGAGUUUAUCCUUGUUUAUUAUCAGGCGUUGGUGUUCCACUCUCAAGGAGGACCAGAUCAGGAUAUAUUCAGAAUGAACUUUUGCAAGAUUUAUCAACAGUGGAAAAAAUGAUCAAAAAUAAAAAAACAUCAUUUUCAUUAUACAGUCAAUUAUAUAAUUUAAUGAAAUCAUUAACAAAUAUUAUGUUUAUUGAAUUAAGUAAACCGAGGAUGUAUACAUCCGUGUCAUCUAUUUUAUUCUCAAAGUAUCUUGCGGAUGUAUACGCGGCGUUGUUACAAUUAGCUUAUGGACCUUUAUCAAAAAGAAAACCCGUUGCGACCCCCCCUCAAAGUAACGACAAUAAUGUCGAACAAAUUCUUGUGAAUUCUAUAACUUCGGAGGAGGCGACAAAAGGUUUGGAUGAAGGUGAAAUUGAGAGGAUGCACAAAGAGAGUAUAGGAAUGGUUCGAAAAGUUUUCGAGAGUGCUGAUUCUUUUCAAUCUCUGGAAGCUUUGAUCAUGUUAUUGAGUUCCUCUCCGCUUCACCAAUCGGCCAAAUGGUUUAAAAGUGUAUGUGGUCGAUUUUUAUCACAAAUUUUGUUACGUCCGAAUGGAAUAAGGGAUGUUAUAGAUUUUAUGAUUGGGGGCGAAGGCGAAGUUAACUUAACUAAAUUGGAGACAAUUUCCAAAUUAAUAUUAUCUGUUCCAAAUCAAGUAAAAUCCACAGAACAAUAUUUUUCAGUAAUAUGUCCCCAAUUACUUUCUUUAGUUCAAUCGAUUUCAAAUUCUUCGGGAAAUUCGAUACCACCAAUUGCCAAUGUUUCUUCGUUUACCAUUGUAAGGAUGGCUAACAAAUAUCCAACGUUGACCAAAAAGUUCAUAAUAUUAAAAAUUUUUGGUCCACUAUGGAAAUGGUGGGGCAUCACUUCGGAAGAGCACAGAAAAAUUGUUCAAAACAAUUUUACUACAUCCUCUGAACUUGACCCAUUGAUCAUGGAUGAACAAACAUUACAAUCCACUAUAACUGUAAUACAUCGAAUCCUGGUUGGCAGUGAACCUGUACCUGAUUUGAUACACAUGUUUUUGGAGGAUGCAGUAGCGCCUUUAUAUCAUCUAUAUGCCUUUACUUUAAGUGAAGCUACCGAAACAUUGAAGGAAAUUGUAUUUAGGAAAAAUAAAAAAUGGAAAGCUCCGGAGUUUGGAGAAGUAUGCGAAGCAUAUUUUUCUCCCGGAUCUUCUGGUGGUGCAGUAAUGAGAUUGCGAUUAAAUGCAUUGAAUUUAUCAGAUACGAAAACUUCAAUAGACGUUGAAAUUUUUAUAAAUUUCCUAAAAGUAAUCGCAAAUAAAGAAUUAUCUGGAGAUUUCUUUAUGUAUUUACUUACAGAAUAUACUUAUUCAUUAGCUCAACAGCAUUCUUUAUACAAAGGAGAUUCAAGACGAAUUCUUACAUUACUCCAUCUCGUUUUGGCGAUGAUCGAUUGCCUUGGUUCUUCCAUUUUACAAAAACCUGAACAAAUGGUUGCAUUUGUUAAUAACGUGCUCGAGGGUUAUCAUCGAAAGGAUGCUAACCGGGAGGAACGAAAAGAAAGUACACGUUCUUGUAUAUUGGAUGACUUGAGUAACAUUGUUAAGGAUGAAGAUAGUAGUGAUGAAGUCUCUUCCGAGGUAAAUGAUCACGACGAGUUAUUGUAUCUAGCAUUAACACUUCUAUCAUCUCUAUUGGAAGAACAUAAAAAUCUUUCAAUUCAGGAUUCAUUUUUUGAUAACCUGGAACUUCUUCAAAAUCAUUCAUCACCUUCAAUCCAAUCAUUAACCCGUAAUAUUCGUUUAACUGUUUCAGCACGUAAUGCCUCUAAAGUUUCAUCUUUUAAAAAUGAUUCGGAAGAAUCUAUUAGACGACAAGAAUCACUAAAAAAAUACCAAGAAGCCAUGGAUGCAUUACAAGAUGAGAUUUUACCUAUAAAAGCUCGCGGAAUUUUAAUGCUUAAGGAAAUGAUUCUUGAAAAGGAUCCGUUGAUGGAUGAAGUUGUGAAUUUAAAUAGAGUAUUGGAUAUCUUUAUACAAAUGAUCAUGCGAAAACUCAUGGUAAUUUACUCGAAUGACAAACAAAAUAUUGACAAUCGAUUACGCAUCGGGGAAGCAAUAUUACAAACCAUUCGAAGAUGUGGAGAAGCACUUGGAAAAUAUAUUGCAAUCAUUCUUCCACCACUUUUAAAUGUUCUGAACAAAGAUCAAAACGUAGACUUACGUGUAUCUGCAUUGAGUAUAAUUGGAUUUGCUUGUGAAACAUCUCCAUUAGCCCUAACAACAUGGUUUCGGGAUGUUGUUGAUUGGACUUUAAAUAUUUUGGAUAUUCAAAAGGAAGUCGAAGUUAGGAGAGCCUCCAUUGUACUAUUAAUCUCUUUAUUCCGUGGUUUAGCUUCACAUUCACAAAAUAUACAUUUGAUUCCAUCAGAUUUAUUACAAAGAACUUAUCGCACUUUACAAUAUAUAGAAGAAAUAGAUAAAGAUGAAUUAACUAGAUAUCAUGCUAGAGUCGGAAUUACAUUUUUAGAUUACGAAUAA